UUUCAGAUAUGUGGCUAUUGUUGUGUUUCUUCCUUCCUGCAUUGAUCUUUUGUCUAUGUAUCUUCAUUGCUUGGUUACGAGUACUCAAUAUUAAGAGAAGGAAAGAGAAGCGGCUGAGGAGGAGCAAACAAGAGGACGCAAAACUGAACAAGCAGAAAGGAGAAAUUGUGUGCAAUAUUCCGAUUCGAGUAGUCGAUGUGGAAACAGGAAAAACUUUUAUCUAUUCCUCGAAUGAGGAGAUACGGCCUGAGAACGAUGCUUAGAACGAUGCUCAAAACUCGCAAAUUUCAGUCGAAGGCGCUUUCUAUGAUCUACCUCAGUGAUAUGCAAUAGUUUACUAUUUAACGCACGUUUCUGCCUUUUUUCGCGAAUUUCUGUGACUUUUGUGUUUUCUGGAAAGGAGACAAUGCAAACCGUUUUCACAAACUUUGUUAGGUUGUUGGAUAAUUUCUGUAACAGUUUUUCUAUUUGCUUG